AUGUCCUCCCAAGACCCCAACAAGUCCGCGUUUUGGCAUAUGUCUCGAAUGAUGGAUCGCAUCUUGGACGAGUAUAUGAAGGAGAUGCGUAGGACUUCAAAUCAGCCCAUUGCCGAUCACUCGGUGUUGCAGGCUGCAAAUAUUGCGCAUCAGGUUGAUGAUGAUAAAAAGUUCGCUGUCUCGAUGGAUGUGUCGCAGUUCAAGCCAGAAGAGCUGAAGGUCAACCUGGAUGGCAGAAUGCUGACUGUUGAGGGGAAACAGGAGAGCAAAGGCGAGAACACCUUCAUGGCCAGGUCAUUCGUCCGCUCUUGGUAUCUCCCGGAAGACAUAGAUGUGGAUCGCCUGAAAACUGAUCUUAGCGAUAAAGGCAAACUCACCAUUGAAGCUCCAAAGAUCCCGAACACUUCAAAAAGGAACAUUCCCAUUCAACAGCAGAGUCAAAGCACCCGCAGCCAGAGCCGCAGUCACUCCCAAAAGCGCUCACGCAGUGAGAGCAAAAGUGAACACUAG